AUGGUUAAUGGUGAUUUUAAUGAGAUUCUACAUCCCUCAGAGACCUCGAAACAAGCUAUCAUUCGCUCAACUAGUGCUAUGAGAGUGUUUGGGGAAUGCCUCGCAGAUACUAGUCUAUUUGAUCUCCUGUUUCAAGGUCCUUGUUUCACUUGGUCCAAUCAUCAAGAGAUUGACCCCAUUGGCAAGAAAUUAGACAGAUGCUUAGUGAAUGGCAACUGGAUUAAUGUUUUCCCAACCAGUCACUGCUCUUUCAAAGCUCCAGAGUUUUCCGAUCAUGCCCCUUGUAUCAUCAACAUUUUCACGAAGCCUCCAGACUUUGGCACAAGACCGUUUAAGUUCUUCAACCUUCUUACUAAGCAUCCGUCUUUCUUAGACACGGUAAAAGCAGCUUGGGUAGAGGCAGGUGAGAAAGCUUCUACAUUGUGCGCGUUUGCCUUUAAGCUUAAGCUUCUGAAGAGACCGCUCAAGUCUUUGUGUAAGGCCAAUUAUAGUGAGAUCGAAAAAGAGUCUUUGAGAGAAAACUGGGUUUUGCUAAGGUUAGCUGAGGAGAGCUUUUUCAGGCAGAGAUCGCGUAUCAAAUGGUUGGCGGAAGGUGACUUCAAUACUGCAUUUUUUCAUAUGACCAUGAAAAUGAGGAAUGGAAUCAACGCGGUGAAGUAUUUGGUAAGACCCGAUGGCUCAAGAGUUGAAUCUGCAAAGGAUAUUCACACUUAUGUUGUUGAGUAUUUUGAAGGAAUUCUAGGCUCGGUCAAGGGUCAGUUUUGUCCACAGCUACACAAGUUCCUUGAAUCGCUUAAUAUGCCUAUUUGCUCGCAAACUCAACAAGGGUUAUUGCUUGCUCCGAUAACCUUAGAGAUCAUUAAAGAGGUUCUGUCAGGGAUGCCUUAA